GGAAAAGCCGUCUGCCUCGCUCCAGAAGCAGCAACCAUUUCCUGAGUGCCAUUCAGCGGGCAAUCGCUCGCGCGAGAGAGAGGCGGUCGUUGCCCCUUUGCUGUCUGUCAGUGUGAUUGCCGAGUCGCGAAGGCAGAACGCCUCCCUCCCCAGCGAUGGACGUGACUCAUGCGAUAGACCGUUUGCGGAGUCAGGUCGAGGAGAAGGACCUGGAGAUAGCCCAGCUGCGGAGCCAGCUGCAGCCGUACCUCAACUACAGAGGGGCAUACAAACACCCCGGUACAGACACACGAGAUGCGGAAGGGACUGUGGGGAGGUCGGGGGGGUGGGGGUGAGCGCGCGAGUGAGACAGUCUGGUCUGCCUGUCUUGCUUGUUUGUUUGUCGUGUGUUGGGUCGUCUUGUCUAUCGUCGGUUGUCUGUCUGUUGUCCAAUGCAGGAGUGGGUCAGGCGCUGCACACGCUGCUGGACAUCUACCCGCCGCUGCUGUACGAGCUGUCACAGGACCCCAAGGCUGAUGUCAAGGACGUGCAGCAGUUCGUCGACGCGCAGCUCAACGUGCGUACGCCCAACACAAGAGGCGCAUCGCACCCACACGUUUCCCAUCUCUCUGCCCAUCCCAUCAGAGUUUGGUGGCGGAGCUGCCGUCGAACGAGGCGGACUGCGCGUCGGUGCGUGUGCCGCUGACCGAGCAGGACUGCCUGCCCUACCUCAACAUCAAAAAGCAGCUCGAAAAACUCCAGCAGGCGAACCCCUCGUGGUGAGUGAGUGGGCACGGACCCGGCCACACACACUCGUCGAUGUCUGUCUGUCUGUCUGUCUUGCAGGUAUGAGAAGUGGGGCAUUGGCAGCCAUGGCGGCGAUGCGGAGGGCAGUGAGGCGUCGGCGGCGGCCACCACCACUACUACUACUGCUCAUGGAGUGCUCGACUCGCUCCACCCCAUUGGUAUGUUUGCAGACAUUGCCGGGACAAUCUGACGAACAAGUGUAGAGGCCCGGAUGUGAUGUGUGUGUGUAGGUGAGGAGCUCAAGUACAGCCCUCGGAAGGAGGAGAGCGAGUUUCUCACCAAGCUGUGGACGCAGCUGCUCGUCAACGUCCUCAAACACGCCGAGGGCGCCGAAGGUGCGCUCACCCAUUUUUCUAGACAGACAGACAUAGAGAGUGUGUGUAUGCCUUCUUGUCUGUCGUCUGCACACGUUCUGUGCAGCCUCUGCGCUGCUGAGCCCGUCCGCGGAUCGCAUCAAGCAGUUGUGUGACCGAACUGGUACGUACGCCCACACCGCAGACACACAUCUCUGUUGUGUGUCUAGUCAAAUGUCCCCACGUACUUCACGCACAGGCGAGCAAUCUGCCCAGCUGGAUGGCGUCAAGGAGCCGAGACAGAGAGAGACGCUGCUCAGGUACACUGCACACCCACACACCCACACAACCACACACACCGUGCCGUGUGCACACACCUGGGGCUCUGAUCCAUUGGCUCGUAGGGACCGGAUUGACGUCAUGAGUGAGCUGCUCACGGCCUACUCGGAGAAGUUUCACACCAUCCUGGCGCAGCUGCAAGUACACUACAGCAUCUCCUCUCUCACACACACACACAGAAAGGCAUACACACGUCUGCAGUGCACUUGUGUGUAUCUGGUGUCUGUGUGGUCUACUCGUGUCGUCCGUCCUUUGUUAGGGUGACGACCUGAGUCGGGUGCAGCAGGCCAUCCAUGACGUGCAGCACACGACAGCGGUGGGGGAAUAAUGAGUGCUGUCCUCAGACACAACACACACACACACACUCGCCCAUGCCUGUGUGUGUGUGUGUGUGUGUAGGAGGAGCGCAAGAAGAUCGUGUCGUGGAAGAUGCAGCAGGACGACCUCGUCAACAAGUACCAAGACAAGAUUCAGCAGAUGCAGGGUGCGGACAACCACCCCUCCCACCCCUCCCACCCCCUCCACACGCACAGGUGCACUGUACGUGUGUGUGUGUGUGUGCAGCGUAUUGCCAGGAGAAGGCGGACAAACUCGACGAGGCACAGAACAACUACCAGGCCAAGAAGGUGAGGGCCCUUCCGUCCACACACAUACACACACACACACCACCGCCUCUCUGCCGAUGCAUCUGUGUGUGUCUGCGAUGGAUGGAUGGAUCGAUGGCUGUGUGUCUGUCAUCACAUCAGUCGGGUUAUGAGGCCGAGCGCGAGGAGUGCCUCAAGCAGCUCGAGAGAGUCCUCUCGCGCAUCGAGACCAUUCAAGUACACACACACACACCCAAUACCAACCAACACACACUCGUGAAUGCAAUGCAUCCCUCUCCCUGUGUGUGUGUGUGUGUGUGUGCAGGAGAAGGAGCGUGAGGACCUGCUGGCCAUCGACACGGCAGCGUGUGAGCUCACCGAGGCCACCGCCCGCGUCGAGGAGCGCACCGAGGCCCUCAACAAGAUCAAGUACGUGUCUGAGUGGAUCGGAUGGCAAUACGCCCACAUAAGUGUGUGUGUGUCCGUGUCUGCGCAGGUUGCUGCACUCGCAGGCCGUGAAUCGCUGGUGUGAGGGGGCCUCCUGCGUCGACCGCAUCGGUAUGCCCACCCGCACAGCACAGCGGCCCGGUGUGUGUGUGGUCCUUACCAUCAUCGUGUGUGUGUAUGUUUAUGCAGGUGUGUGGAGCACCGAUCUGUGCGAGGCGUUGCAGAAGGACAUGCACCGAUCCACACAGACACUCGUGCAGGGUAUGUGUGUGUGUGUGUGUGGCUCUCUGUGUGGCUGACACAAUCUGUGUGUGUGUGUGUGGGCAGAGUUGGCCCCCGAUGGUCUGCGCUUCGACGCGUUGAAGGAGGCUGCCUUUGAGAACCUCAAUGUGGGCGUGCAUCGCCGUGGACACAUCCAUCCAUCCAUCGAGACAUCCAUCCGUCCAGCCAUCCAUCCCAUGUGUGUGUGUGUGUGCAGAUGCUGAUCAACAGCAAGCAGCGCGCCUACAUCGAGACGUGCAACAAACUCGCAAAGAAAUACAACAAACUGGUAUGCUGGCCCCCCCCCCACCACACACACAGUCGUGUCUCUCUGCCUGUGUCGCCGCAGCAAUAUUUGCUGAAUGCGGGCGACCCUGAGGAGCUCGCCGCGGUGCCUGAGGUACACAGCACCCUCAGCACACGACCCUUUGUAUGUGUGUGUGUGUGUGUGUGUGGUUCGACGACAGGAGGAAGAGUGCGACAUGGUGCUGCUGCCCGAGCACUCCCCCUCAGAGCCCGCCAUACCCACCACUGCUCAAGCCGCAUCGGCAUCGGCAUCAGCAGCAGCGGCCAACGACUCCGAGACGUAUGCCCCCAUGCACCUGCACAUCGGCGCCACGCAGACACUGAUGUGUGUGUGUGUGUGUGUGUGUGCAGCGAGUUGCCGGCGAGUGUGACUGUGGGUGUGGGCGUGGGCGCGCCUCGCCGUUCUGCGUACGCCAUCGAGCUGGCCAAGUUCAACAAAUACAACACGUGAGCCACACACGCAUCUAUCCGUCCAUCCGUCCAUCCAUCCAUCCAUGUGUGUGUGUAAAUGCCCCCACACAGGUUGGAGAAGAAGCAGAAGGCGGAGCUCGAGGCGCUCAACGAGAAGAAGAGCCAGCUCGAGAAGUCAGCCACACCACCCACACAGCCCACCCACACAGAGAGAGAGAGACACCCACGUGGCCACUGUGCUGUGCAGGUUGACCACGGAGUAUUUCCGAUCGCUGGAUUACUUCUCCAAGCACCAGGGCGCCUCCCCCACCCACAUGGGCGAGUCCGACCAGACCAACAUCAAGCUGCUCAUCAAACAGAAACUCGUCCAGGCCACACAGGAGGUCAGAAGCCAGCCGAAGAAGCCAUCCCUCCAUCCCUCCCGAUGUGCGACCUGUGUGUGUAUGUGUGUGUGUGUGAUGGUGAUGUUACAGGGGAGCGAGACGAUCGACAGUGCCGCUGCGCGCCAGUGGGUCAACAGCUUCUUCUACACCACUGCGUAAGUACUCGUGCGCACGGACCCCACACAACUACAACUACAGCUACACACCUGCCGGAUGUCGGCCGUGUGUGUCUGUGUGUGUCUGUGUGCGCAGGUCGCUGCCCAAGCUGCCGGCGAUGCCCGGAUGGUUCAGCAGCUCCUCCACCAGCAACCCUCUCGUACACACACACACACACACACAUACACCCUUCACACACGCACACACAGCGGCCUCCAUCUGCACACACGUGUGUGUGUGUGUCCAUCUCUUACUAAUGUGCAGCCGCUGCUGCCGAUGACCGGCUCGAUGAACUCGUAUAUGCGCGUCAACAGCCUGCACCGGCCGGGGGGGGUGGACGCCAGCCCCUCGCAGGCUCAGCACUGGGAAGUGGUACGUACGUCCACACACACACACACACUCACACACAAAUGAAGGUUCGAACACGUGUGUGGGUGCAGUUCACUGAGAUGAGCGAGACGGUGGGCACGAGCGACGUGGACGGAUAUCAGGCGCUCGACAAUAAAGGUAUAUAUGCACUGAGCCAUACCACCGCCGUCGCCACACACACACACACGUGUUCACCUGUGUCUGGGCCCCAUGCACAGAGACGCUCGAGGCGCUGGCCAACGCCCGUGUGCUGCCCCCACGGCCGCCCUCUCCGCCACCAUUCGUGCCAGCUGCCUGUGGGCCGAACGUGUAAGCAUCCACACACACACACAGAGAGAGAGAGGGAGAGAGAGAGAGAGACCCGUGAAAGCAUCCAUAUGUGUGUCUGUCUGCCUGCGUUCAGUGAGGGCCCGUGUGUGGGGCCGGUGGUGCAGCAGCUGGCUGCUGCUGGGGCCGGUGGUGGGCAGACAGACGCCGCAGCGGCAGCAGCAGUUCAAGACGAGAAGACGCCACCCAAUGGCGUCGACGGUAGGCAUACACACAAAUGCACUCACUGUAUUUGACGCUCUCCUGCGCACAUCGCAUGGCGUGUGUGGUGGGGUGUGUGUGAAGGUUCGUAUCUGGUGCUGAACGAGCCGAAGAUGCUGACGAUCGACCAGCAGCAGCAGCAGCAGCAGCAGGGUGUGGGCAGAAAGAGGGAGAGAGAGGAGGAGGAGGAAGCGGUGUGAUUGCGAUUGAUUCGGCUGGGCUGAGUGAGUUUGUGUGUGAGGCAGUGGGGGCUUGGUAUGUUUGUAUGUUUGUAUGUCUGCUUGUACCAUUGAAGCGUUCGUGUGCAACCACGGCCGUCACGACACCGCACACACAACACAGUGGGUGGUUGAUUGCUCCCCCGUCCAGCUGUGGGUGUGUCUGCGGUGCGGUGCGGCCCGUCGUGUGCACCCACAGCACACGAGAGUUUUUUCUCGACUUUUCUCGUUUCGCUCUCUCUCUCUCUGUGUGUGUAUGUACCAUAAGCACAUCUAUCGGCCACGACCACAAACAAACUUUGAAUGCGUCCGUCCGUCCGUCCGUCCGUCCAUGUGUGUCUGAGUGAGUGCAUCCAUCAUGCCUGCCUGUGAGCGCGUGUGUGUAUGUGUGUAUGUAUCAUAUUCAUCAGACAGAGCGAACGAGGCUCCAUCCAUCCAUCCAUCCAGCCGUAACAUCGAUCGCACAUCUCAUUUUUGGAAGGAAUGGGUGGGCGUGUACACGUCCGUCAUGGUCACCGAAUGUAUCGUACCCCCAUCUGUCACGAGUGCGGGGAUUUUUGCCAGCCAG